UGAUGCAGUCAGUUAGUGUGUAUUUAUUUGCUUGGCAUGAAAUAUCAAUAUAAAUAAAUAGAUAAAAUCCCAAGCGCAGCGCGAAACAGUAAACAACACUUAAUACUAGCAACAACAACAACAACAAAAAGAAUAGUGUCAAAUAAUAAUAAAACAAACGCAUAUUAUAACAAUAAUAGCAGCGCCAGCGAAAACGCCAACAAAGUAAAUCCAGCCAACUAUGGUUUACUCCGUAAAGAAUAGCGAAACCGGAGAGUUUGAGUAUUUCUAUACCGAUUCCGCACGCGUCAAGCAGCCCAAAUACGAUGAAGAGACCGGCGAACCCGUCCACGAUCAGAUGAAAGUGCGCUAUCGCAAGCAUGGAAAUUUUCACGUGCCGAAGCAAUAUUUGCGUGGCACCAUCUGUGACGAGGUGGACACAAUGCUGGCCAACAAACAUCACGGCGACUGGGACAUAACGGCCAAGCAUGUUAUUGGCAAUGGCGCCACAAAGAAUGUGGACAAGCUCAAGAAAAUAACGCCCGGCUAUGAGCGCGAGGAUUACAUCAAAAUGGAUGGCGUCAGUAGCAACAUCAUACUGGGCUAUGAGCGCAAUUCCUUCCUGCUCUUCCUAAUUCCCACAUUGUUCUGCUGGAACUUCUUCCUGUGGGCUCUGAUGUCCAUUUUGGAGAUUAGUCUGCACAUGCUGUCCCACUAUAAGAACUCCCUGACCAUGCAGAAGAACCUAUAUUUUCGCAGCCCUCUCCAUGUGCUCUCCUCGCAGUUCUGCGCCAUCUGUCGCAACGAGUCCGGCAGCAAAUACAAUCGCACCUUUGACAUUCUCAACGAACAGAUGCGCCUGGCGCACCGAUCCGAUGCACUGAAGAACAUGGCCAAGGCCAUGGGCUGAGUUCCAGACACAAAAAUUACAACAAUUACAAAAUCAGCUUUACACUUUUAUGGUAAUAAAAACGACUAUUGGUUCACGUUCAAUAAUAAUAAA